AUGGCCCCUGUAACAAAGCGAGCUCGUAAUGAAACCAAAGGCAAAAUAAAAACCAAAGGCAACUCUGAUUCGGAAGAUUCAUCUCCACAAGAGGAUUUGGUAGAGCCUCAAAGCGAUGAAGAUGAGGACGAGGAUGUUAGCGGGAACAGCUCGACGGAUACCGAAACAGAAAUAAGCCGAGCCCGUAACACCAAAUCGAAGAAAACCUUGAAACGAAAGCACCGGGCUACGUCCCCCACCGCAUUUGGUGGCACAUUGGAAGCCCUGCUGGCUACAUCCGUUCCCAGUAAUAUACAGCCUGGAGCACCUCUUGCAUUGAAGCCAAGCAUUGCAAGGAAAAAGAAUGAUGAGAAACUAGAGCUAAAAGCCAAGCGUAUUCUCGAGUCUGAGAAGAAAGAGAGAGAGGAAAAGGGAAGGGUGCAAGAUGUCAUAGGGGGGUGGGAUAACCAAAACGAAAGGUCGCUUCGCAAAGUAGCUCAGCGCGGAGUUGUGCAUUUAUUCAACGCAAUACAGCAGGCCCAAUCAGCCUCAGCUGCAACACUGGAAGAGAACAAAAAGCUCCGUGGCUCUGGGAAGCCUACACUCCCAGCACCAAGUCCCCACGAAAUUGGGAGAAACAAACCCGGGAACAAAAACAAAAACAAAGCUAUAGGAAAGGAUGCAGCUGGUGGUCUCGAUAAAAAUAGUUUCUUAGACGCGAUUCGCUCUGGUGGUGUUGUACGACAAUCAUAA